AUGGCGUCCGCUGAUCAGAUUAGUGAGUAUGCCGAGAAAUUGAAGGACGACCAGCAGAGUCUGGCGUCGCGGUACUCGACGGUGUCUGAGCUGUACGAUUUGAUGCAGUUACUGAACACGCCUGAAGAAUUUCAAAUGUUUCUCACCUCUAUGGUGCCUAUCAUCCUGGAGCAAUUGGAAAAGAUUGACAUAAGCUUCGAGUCCAACUCCUACGAGCAGAAACUAAGGUUUUCCUUGCUGGAAAUUUUGAACAAGUGUAUGGUGAACCAAAGCUUUGAGCCAUACGCGGUCAGAGUAGCAGAUGCACUACUAGAUAUUCUUCCUAAGGAAAACGAAAAGAACGGUGUUAUAAUAACCAAGAUUCUGACUAUACUCUUCAAGUCAUUCAAGAAUAUUUUGGGUGAAAAGGUGAACUCCUUCAUCGAUAUCAUUAUCCAAUUCUAUAAGAACAGGCCCGAGCUUGUGGAGAAGACUUUUUACUCCGAUGAAAAUGGUGGGUUGGAGAACUCCAGUAGUAAUGAUGAUGACGAUACAAAUAACAAUUCCAAUGAUGAAUCUACUAUGGAGUCUAAUAACGAUAGUACCAACAUCCUGGACGUCAAGAGCUCAAGGGGCUCUGUGGAUGAUGAUGUUCACGAGAACUCAACCAAAGGUCAGAAGCUCAGACCAUCUUUACACUCCUUUAAAAUCUUAUCGGAAUGCCCAAUUACAAUGGUCACCUUAUAUUCUUCCUACAAACAGUUAACCACGACUUCAUUGCCCGAGUUUGCUCCAUAUAUUAUGACUUUAUUGAGUAUUGAAGUCAAACAACAGAAACAAGCAAGAGAGGAAGCUGAGAAGAGAGGCGAACGCUUUGUCUCUGUAUCACCACUAAUUAAUGAUAAAGCAGCAUACAACGACUUCAUCUUGGCUCAAAUUAAAGCUACAUCAUUUUUGGCAUAUGUUUUCAUUAGAGGAUACGCUGCGAACUCACUACAAAAUUAUAUUCCAAUUGUGCCUGAUUUGAUUAUACGCUUGUUGCAAGAUUGCCCUCCUGAAUUGCCAUCAGCCAGGAAAGAGCUGUUACAUGCAACUCGCCAUAUCCUUUCCACGAACUAUAAGAAAUUAUUUCUUCCAAAACUAGACUAUCUGUUUGAUAAAAGUGUCCUUAUAGGCAAUGGCUUCACAAUGUAUGAAACUCUUCGGCCUCUCGCUUACAGCACAGUUGCUGAUUUUAUCCAUAACAUAAGAUCCGAGCUAAAACUUAAUGAGAUUGAAAAGACAAUAAAGAUGUAUACCGAAUAUCUCAUGGACGAGUCCCUUGCGCUCACAGUGCAAAUUAUGAGUGCCAAAUUACUGCUGAAUUUGGUGGAAAGGAUCCUGAAACUAGGUAAGGAAAAUCCACAGGAAGCACCUAGAGCUAAAAAACUCCUAAUGAUUAUCGUUCACGCCUAUGUUACUAGGUUCAAAAAAUUAAAUAGACAAUACAAUACCAUUAUGAAACAGCAUAAGAAAAUUGAAAAGGAGAAAAAUAUAAAACAGCAUUCAAAAAAGAACCCUCUACCAGAAGUUGCUGAUGAUACCGACAAUUUCAUUAAGUCAGUAUUGAAGGAGAAUUACCUGGAAGACACUACCGCCAAAAAUAAGGAAGACAAAUCAGAGGGUAAGGUAGAAGAGAUUGAAGUGGAUGAGCCUGUAAAUAUAGAACUCUUUGAAUUGCACGAUCUUCUUCCAAUUCAGCUAUCCCCAAAGAGUCAUAAUGACCCUGUUAAGGAUGCAUUUUACCUUUACAGGACUCUGAUGUCCUUCCUGAAAACUGUGGUUUACGAUCUGAAAAUAUUUAAUCCAUCAGCCAAUGAGUACACCCUAGCUCAUCCAAAACUUUGGGCUUCUGUAUCAAGAGUUUUUUCAUAUGAAGAAGUUUUAGUAUUAAGAGAUUUAUUCCAUGAGUGCAUUAUUGGGCUAAGGUUCUUCUCUAGUGAAAAUCCUGUUAAUAAAGACCUCCUCUCGAAGAAGCAUUUUGAUAUUACAAUGCCAAGCCUCCCUGUAUCAGCUACUAAAGAUGGUAGGGAGUUGAUGGAUUACUUAGCAUUCACUUUUAUGCAGGUAGAUAGUGCAACAUUUAAUGAAGUUGUGAACGCCGAAAUGGACUUUUUAUAUGAUAGAAUGCUAGAAGAUUCAGCGCUAUUACAUGUAGCACAAUCUUUUCUAACAAGCGAAUUAACAUCUCCGAACUUUGCUGGCAUACUGCUCAGAUUUCUGAAAAGAAAACUGAAAACAUUGGGCAACACUGAUUUUAACACAUCCAAUAUUCUCAUCAGAUUAUUUAAACUUUCAUUUAUGUCUGUGAACUUGUUUCCUAAUAUUAAUGAAAUUGUUCUAUUACCACAUCUCAACGGACUAAUAUUAGAUUCUCUGGAAUACUCCAAAACUGCUGAAGAACCGCUAGUUUACUUCUACUUGAUCAGAACGCUAUUCAGAAGUAUUGGAGGCGGAAGGUUUGAAAACUUGUACAGAUCAAUUAAACCAAUUCUUCAAGUUUUAUUACAAUCCCUUAACGAGAAGAUCGUUUCUGCUAGAUUACCUCACGAACGCGAACUAUAUGUGGAGUUGUGCAUUACGGUACCAGUAAGACUGAGUGUUUUGGCACCCUAUUUACCAUAUCUGAUGGAGCCUUUAGUAUAUGCUUUGCAAGAAUAUCCUGAUUUAGUAUCACAGGGCUUAAGAACUCUUGAACUAUGCAUUGAUAAUCUGACUGCCGAGUAUUUUGAUCCAAUCUUAGAGCCAGUAGUUGAUCAAGUCUCUAAAGCUCUUUUCAAACUGCUGCAGCCACAGCCCUUUAACCACACAAUCAGCCAUAAUGUUGUUAGAAUACUGGGUAAGCUAGGAGGAAGAAAUAGACAAUUUUUAAAGACACCUACCGAUCUAAAAACAGUUGAAUCAUUAAAUGUCGAUCUUGUUACAGAAGCAAUGGCUAAUGGUAAAAAUGGCUCAAUGUCACUUUCUGUUACUCCUGGUGUUGAGGCUGCGGUAUCAAUUAUUGAAAAUCAUGCAUCAGAUUUGGAGGCCAAAUUAAGUGCUUAUAAGUAUUUGAAAUCGGUUUUCUUGCUGUUUAUCAAAUCUUCGACUAAGUUUCCAGAUGAUUAUCACAAUAUAAUCAAAAAAGCAAUUGACUUGUUACAGCAAGACAAAUUAGAAUUGAAGGAGGAUUAUUCUUUAGAGUGUUACGUUCAUAGGAAGGAAUUUUAUGAUCAAGAGGCGCUUCUGAUAAAGAUAUUUGAAUCUAUAUUUCUGGCAACCUCUACACCUGAAUUAAAAGAGGAUGCAAUGAAAUUACUAAAUAAACUUGCUGACCAUUUCUCCUUGCUACAGGUCAAUAAAGCUCUGCAACAAAAACGGUUCCAGUCAGACACAUUUAACAUAGAUAUCAAAUACUCUGAUCCGAUGUUUUCGACCAAUAUUCUCACAAAAGCUCUCAUGUCGGCACUAUCCAGUUAUAAGGAAGAUGUAAGAGAGUCCAGUAUAUUGACGAUAAAGAGAAUUUGCGAAAGAAGUUUACUUAUCUUUGGUUCUAAAUUAGUCUUUAAAUACUCAUUAGUCCCAGACCUGAUGAAAGAUGCAAUUCAUCUGUGUUUUGACGAGGCAUUUUACAAUAAAAGAGCUGGUGUACUAGGUAUUGGUGCAAUAAUAGAUAAUAUAGAAGCAUCAGAGGAGUACUUAAAGUCUUUGAGAUUUGAGCUAAUUGAUGGUCUGCUUUUUGUUCUCAAGGAUACUCCCGAAGAAGCUCCCGUUCUUAUUACAAAUGAGGCUGAAAACUUAUUCAACAAAAUCUUAGAGAGAACCUGUUCGGAAAUCUCGGAAGAUGAUCUCUCAUCAAAGGGAUUACAAAACACCUUAACUGAUAUUGUUUGUGAACUAAGUAAUGCCAAUCCCGUAGUUCGUAAAGCAUGUAAGAAUGCUUUAGAACUAAUUUCAAAAAAUUCUAAUAUGCCUAUCGUCAAAUUAAUGGAUCAUUCGAAGCACUUUUUGCUCUCUCCAAUCUUUGCAAAGCCUUUGAGGGCUCUACCUUUUACUAUGCAAAUAGGUAACCUAGAUGCGGUUACCUUCUGUUUAAGCUUACCAGGAACUUUUUUGCAGUUUAAUGAGGAGCUAUUUAGACUGCUACAGGAAGCAAUUGUUCUUGCUGAUGCCGAAGAUGAAUCACUAUCAACAGCUCAGAGAGCUGCAGAAUAUAAGACUUCCCAACAACUGACGCAAUUGAGAGUAUCCUGUAUAAAACUUCUUGCACUUGCUUUAAAAAACGAAGACUUCGCCAAUGCACAGCAGGGUAAUAUCAGAAUUAGAAUACUGGCCGUUUUCUUCAAAACAAUGCUUAAAACAUCACCAGUCAUUAUAGAAACUACAUAUGAGGCACUAAAAGAUGCACUCUCUGAAAAUUCCAGGCUUCCAAAAGAACUUCUCCAAAAUGGUCUGAAACCACUUUUGAUGAAUUUAUCUGACCAUCAAAAACUUACUGUUCCAGGCCUUGACGCUCUUUCGAAGCUAUUAGAGCUUCUAAUUGCCUACUUUAAAGUUGAAAUAGGUAAAAAACUACUAGAUCAUCUUAAUGCUUGGUGUAGAGUGGAAGUACUUGAUACUUUAUUUGGUCAAGACAUACACGAACAGACACCUACAAAAAUUAUUGUUAGUAUCAUUAAUAUCUUCCACCUUCUCCCCCCACAAGCUGAUAUGUUUCUAAAUGAUUUACUACUGAAAGUUAUGUUAUUGGAAAGGAAGCUGAGAUUGCAAAUCGAUUCACCUUUUAGAGUUCCUUUAGCGAAAUAUAUGAAUCGUUUUAGUUCAUCAGUGAUAGAAUACUUUAAGAAGAAUAUGGCUUUAAGACAGUUGGUUGUAUUUAUGUGUAGCAUCAUACAAAAAGAGGAAGCGAAAGAUCUAGCAACCCGCUUUGAAAAUGAACUAUCAAACUUUUAUGAAUUUUAUAUGACAUCGAUCCCUUCAAACCAAGUCCGUGUGGUGAGCUUUUUAACUAACAUGCUCGAUAUAUUUACAACUGUUUGGAAGAUCAGAGGUAAUGAAUGGCUGAAAGAUCAAAAGGAUUUUGUAAUGAAACUAAAAGAUAUGGUUGCAUUGACUAUUGACACAAUAAAGGAGAACAAAUUUUAUAUAGACCAUCUGCAACUGUCACAAUCCAUUGAGAAAUUCCAAUUCAUAUAUGUCAACUUGCUAACACAUUACCCUAAUGAACAAUCAUUAUUUUUUGAAUUUAUCGAGUUUUUAAAUGCCAAGGAUAUCUGUAUGACUGACUGCUUCGAUGACUUCAUCUUCAAAAAUAUUGUGUCCUUGUCUGAUAAAGACAAACAAAAUAGCUUACUUGAGGAGUCAAUAGAAUACUCUCUAAAAACUAAAUCAUUAAAUGUGAGUGUAUUCAUCUACAAAAAAAUAGUCAACCCAUCACUAAUAUUUGAAGUUGCUCAAAACCAAGAUCUUAAAUGCUAUGGUGAAGCAAAAUUGCCAGCCUGGCUCGAACUUAUCGACUCUAAAAUUUGGAAGACUAAGAACAGCUUAUUAUUAGGUACCACCGCAAAUUGCCACGACAAGUUUAGGUUUGAGUUGUUACAACUGACUGCCAUAUUGAUAAAGUAUGCACCAAAGAUUCUAACUGAUGUCAAAAGAGAUAUAAUUAAGUUCACAUGGCAUUUUAUUAAACUAGAUGAUAUCAUACUGAAGCAAUCCGCAUAUUUGACAACAGCGCUUUACAUCAAAGAAUUCGACUUUCCUAUUAAAGUAGCCACUCAAGUUUUCGUUUCAUUACUGAGAUCAAGUCCAUCAGAGGGGAAAUUUUUAGUGAAGCAGUCAUUAGACGUCCUUGCACCUGUGAUAGAUGAAAGACUCAAGACGACAGAAGAUCCAGAUAUUUGGAUAAAUUGGGUAAAGAGAGUAAUGUUUGAGAACACUUCGAGUCAGAACAUUAUUCUAUACCAGUUUAUUAUAGACCACCCAGACUUGUUUUUCAAAUCUAGGAACCUAUUUGUUUCAAAUAUAAUUCAUCAAAUGAAUAAGAUGUCUUUUAUGUUGAACUCAAAUCCAGAGAAUCAUAUACUUGCGAUCGACUUAGCUUCUCUUAUUUUGAGAUGGGAAAACAGAUCUGCAGGUCAAGCGAACCAGCAAUUAUUGGAUAAAGAUGGUGAUAUCUCUAUGUCAGAUGCUAAUGACACCAAUGAGAUUAAAACUGAACAUGGUGAGGGCGAAGUCGUAAUAAGUACUAUCCCAAUGAAUUUAAGAGAAACUUGUAUUGCUUUCUUGAUAAGAUAUAUCUGUGCCAGCAACAACCGUGCUUCUGAUUCGGAACUGGGAUCUCGUACAUUGCAAAUACUAUCAGAAUUCUUAUCUGAGCAAAGCUGGGAGAAUGUUAACGUCAAAUUAGAAUACUUUGAGAAAUUUCUCCUUUCACAAGAUAUGGAAACGGAAAACCUAUUAUAUUAUUGCAUCAACGCUUUGGAUGUCUUAUAUAUAUUCUUCCAAAAUAAGACCGACAAGUGGAUUUAUGAAAAUCUUGCUAACAUCGAACAUUUGUUGUCGAAAUGUAUUAGAGCGCAUCAUCAUGAUCUCCAAGAAGCUUUACAAAAAGUUCUCGGCCUGGUUUUGAGAGCUAUACGCUUACAAGAGAGCCAGGACAGUAGUGAAGAAGAACAACCUGGUAAGGGAUUUAUCAGCUCACUAAUCAAUGUCAUCGAAAAAAAUCUUCAGGAGACAGCAUCUGUUGCAGCUGGUGUUACUUUGUCGUGGACAUUAUUUAAGACAUUCCCUGACAGUAUAGAAUCUUUACUUUUACCCUUAAUGAAAACCUUUAGCAAACUUUGUAAGGAUCAGCUAAGCAUGACUCAACCUAAAGAUGCUGUCGCAAUGGAAGAAGCACAACUAACUACCAAAUUGCUAGAAAAAGUCUUAUUUAUUCUUUCAAUCAGAAUCGGCUCACUUGGUGAUUCAAGAAGACCGUUCUUGUCGACGAUGGCAUUGUUGAUAGACCAUUCAAUGGAUCAAAAUUUCUUGCGUAAAAUUGUUAGUAUUACUCGUUAUUGGAUAUUUAACAAUGUCAGCUUCCCAACAGUGAAAGAAAAAGCUGCUAUUUUAACAAAAAUGCUUGCCUUCGAAGUUAGAGGAGAACCAACGUUAUCGGAACUAUUUUACAAUACCGUCUUAAAACUAUUUGACGAUGGACAAUCCACCAAUCCAGAGAUUACUUCGCGAAUGGAACAACCCUUCCUUGUUGGAACAUGCACCAGCAAUAAAGACAUAAGAAAGAAAUUUAUGUCCAUAUUAAAUUCCAGCAUAAAGGAUGAUAUAAAAGAGAGAAUCUACUACAUUAUAUGUGAUCUUAACUGGGAGUUUAUCGCUGACUAUCCAUGGUUGAAUCAAGCGUUGCAGCUUUUGUACGGUUGUUUAGACUCUACUCAAUCAUAUGAAAUCAUUAAUAGCUAUGAAUUAUCAACUCCAUUAACUUUGAAGAGUCUUUUAGAGGAAACGAACUCUGAAAGUUCUGCUGACGAAACUACUGAAGAACUAACAGCCUUUAUUACCACUCAUAAGAAUGAUAUUGAACAAAUAUGUGAAAUCAAGAAGGCUGAUAUUUUUGAUCCAUUGGUAGAAAUAUUUUAUAAAGACCAUAAAUCAAUUCAGAGGGCUUGGGUUAAUUUUUUCCCUGAAGCCUAUAAGUGCAUUCCAAAAGAUGAAAAGUAUGGCUUCAUCCGAUCUUUGAUAGUUUUAUUAUCAAAACCGAACCCCACCAGACAAAAUUCAAACAGGUUGAAUGUAAUUAACAUGUGGUUAGAAUCCUUUGGGAAGAUAGAGUCAUUCGAGGUUCCACCACAUCUUGUAAAAUAUCUGGCCAUUUCAUGCAACUCAUGGUAUCAAUCGAUAAAUAUUUUGGAGUCAAUGCAGAAUAACUCACAAAUUGAAAAUGGAAAAAUAAUAGAGGCCGUUGAAGAUUCCUUACUUGAAUUGUACAUCAACCUUCAAGAGGAGGACAUGUUUUAUGGACUUUGGAGAAGAAAAGCCAAAUAUACUGAGACCAAUAUUGCUUUAUCAUAUGAACAAGUUGGUCUUUGGGAAAAGGCACAACAAUUGUAUGAGGUUGCCCAAGUUAAAGCCAGGAGUGGUGCUUUGCCUUACUCUGAACCAGAAUAUGCGCUAUGGGAGGAUAAUUGGAUUAUAUGUGCAGAAAAAUUACAACAUUGGGACGUUUUGACUGAAUUAGCCAAACAUGAAGGUUUCACUGAUCUUCUACUUGAAUGUGGUUGGCGUGUGGCUGACUGGAAUACAGAUCGGGAAGCACUAGAACAAUCAGUAAAAAGUGUAAUGGAUGUACCAACUCCUAGAAGACAAAUGUUCAAAACGUUUUUGGCACUACAAAACUUUGCAGAUACACGUAAAGGUGACCAAGAUGUACGCAAAUUAUGUGGUGAAGGUAUACAACUAAGUUUACACAAAUGGGUCUCUCUUCCAGAGAGAUACACUCCCGCACAUAAGUGGCUACUUCACGGUUUUCAACAAUAUAUUGAGUUUAUGGAGGCAACCCAAAUUUAUGGUAACCUGCAUACUACGACUGUACAGAACUUAGACGCCAAAGCACAAGAAAUUAAGAGGGUACUACAAGCUUGGAGAGAUCGACUUCCAAAUAUCUGGGAUGAUGUAAAUAUGUGGAAUGAUCUGGUUACUUGGAGACAACAUGCAUUCCAAGUCAUAAAUAAUUCUUACUUGCCAUUGAUCCCUGCUUUGCAACAAGCUAAUAAUAAUGGCAAUAUUAACACACACGCUUAUAGAGGUUAUCACGAAAUUGCUUGGGUAAUUAACAGAUUUGCUCAUGUGGCUAGGAAACACAACAUGCCUGAUGUAUGUAUUAAUCAACUUGCAAGGAUCUACACCUUACCUAACAUCGAAAUCCAGGAGGCUUUCUUAAAACUGAGAGAACAAGCUAAAUGCCACUAUCAAAAUACCAACGAAUUAACUACUGGUCUUGAUGUUAUCAGCAACACUAACUUGGUAUAUUUCGGAACUGUUCAGAAGGCUGAAUUUUUUACCUUAAAGGGUAUGUUCUUAUCCAAACUAAGGGCUUAUGAUGAAGCAAAUCAGGCGUUCGCCACUGCUGUUCAAAUCGAUCUAAAUCUCGCAAAGGCGUGGGCUCAAUGGGGUUUUUUCAAUGAUAGAAGAUUAACGGAAGAACCAAACAAUAUUAGUUUUGCAAGUAAUGCCAUCAGCUGCUAUCUACAAGCUGCUGGCCUAUACAAAAAUUCUAAAAUCCACGAACUACUUUGCCGUAUUCUAUGGCUGAUCAGUAUGGAUGACUCUUCAGGAUCCAUAGCAAACGCAUUUGAAUCUUUUAGAGGUGAGGUACCUGUAUGGUAUUGGAUAACUUUUAUUCCACAAUUAUUGACUUCGCUGUCUCACAAAGAGGCCAAUAUGGUGCGCCAAAUAUUAAUUAGAAUAGCUAAGAGUUAUCCACAAGCUCUACACUUUCAAUUAAGGACUACGAAGGAAGAUUUCGCUGUAAUUCAGAGACAAACUAUGAAUUCAUCAGCCGAGAAAAAGGAUAAAAAUGAACAAAUAGUCAGCAACGGAGAUCAUCGUCAACCAUGGGAAUAUUUGCAAGAACUAAAUAAUAUUCUAAAGACCGCAUAUCCCUUGCUAGCUUUGUCUCUAGAAUCCUUGGUUGCUCAAAUCAAUGAGCGGUUCAAAACAAGUACCGAUGAAGAUUUGUUUAGAUUAAUUAACGUUUUAUUAAUCGAUGGCACAUUCAAUUAUAACAGACUACCCUUCCCCAGGAAAAAUCCAAAACUACCAACAACAACAGAAAACAAUUUGAUGAAAUUUGCUAACACCUUGUUAGCACCUUAUAUUAGACCUAAGUUCAACGCUGACUUUAUUGAAAGUAAACCAGACUUUGAGACAUACAUUAAAAGACUUCGCUAUUGGAGAAAACGUCUGGAAUCAAAAUUGGACCGUGCUCCUGCUGUGGAAAACCUCGAACGAAUUUGCCCCCAUUUGAGUAAUUUUCACCACCAGAAAUUCGAAGAUAUUGAGAUUCCUGGGCAAUAUCUCCUGAAUAAAGAUAAUAACCUGCACUUUGUUAAAAUUGCGAGAUUCCUUUCUCGCGUUGAUUUUGUUUAUGGAACUCACUUUUCUUACAGAAGGAUCACCAUUAGAGGACACGAUGGUAGCUUGCAUUCUUUUGCAGUACAAUACCCAGCCGUACGUCACUCCAGAAGAGAAGAGCGGAUGUUCCAACUCUACAGAUUGUUUAACAAGACAUUAUCGAAAAAUGUUGAAACCAGACGUAGAAACAUUGAAUUCCAUCUUCCAAUUGCUGUACCAUUGUCUCCUCAGGUACGUAUUAUGAACGAUAGUUCAUCAUUUGUGACAAUGCAACAGAUUUAUGAUCAAUAUUGCGAAAAGAAUAAAAUUGACCCUUACAUGAUUCAGGAUUUUAUUUCCGAAAAGUUGAAUUCCGCAUAUGAUAAGGCACUUCCUCCACCUGAUAGCACUGUCCUGAAGGUAGAAAUUUUCAGUUCUAUCCAAUCAUUAUAUGUUCCAACGACAGUUAUGAAGGAUUAUUUCUUGAAUUUGUUCACUUCUUUUGAAGAAUUUUGGCUUUUCAGGAAACAGUUUGCCUCUCAGUAUAGUGCAUUUGUAUUCAUGUCUUUCAUGAUGAUGAUCAACAGUAGAUCACCACAUAAAAUCCAUGUCGACAAGAAUUCUGGUAAUGUUUUCACCCUUGAGAUGCUUCCUUCUAGAUAUCCGUACGAAAGAGUGAAACCAUUACUCAAGAACCAAGAAUUGAACCUACCAUCUGAUGCUCCGAUUUUCCAUAAUAACGAGCCAGUUCCUUUCCGUAUGACCUCUAACAUCCAAACUUUGAUUGGAGAAACAGCACUUGAAGGUGUGUUUGCUGUGGACCUGUUUACUAUAGCAAAAGCAUUGAUUGAACCAGAAAACGAACUAAACACGUUACUGACCCUAUUUAUUAGAGAUGAAAUUAUUUCAUGGUACAGUAAUCUACACAGGCCAAUAAUUGAAAAUCCACAAUUGAGAGAUAUGGUACAAACCAAUGUUGAUUUGAUAAUAAGAAGAGUUGCGCAAAUGGGACAUGUUAGUUCCACUCCUACUGUCAUUACGCAAUUCAUUCUUGACUGUAUCAGUGCAUCAGUAAACCCUAGGAACCUAGCCAAGACUGACAUCAGUUUCAUGCCAUGGUUUUAG